UGCCUACGCUCUUUACCUUUCCUUUCUCACUGCUGGCAGGUUCAGGCACGACUUACGACUGGAGCUGAACAGGUUACGAUCUCUUGUUCGGCAGCAGUCGUUUCUGCCUCCAUGAAUACGUGAAUUUCACCUUCCCUUCAGCCGCUGCUGGUUACCAGCGAGACAAACAACGUUCUUGUAUAUUUCUCUGCGAGGAGCUGGAAAAAUGGAAGGAUGGGGCCUCCGACAUCCGCACCUCGACGUGCGGUCGCACUUCAACAUGACCCUCAACACCUCGGCUGUCCGUGAGAACCCGUGGACGAGCCAGAACGAAACCCGGACGUUGAUUGGGAGCCUCAAGCUUGCUCAGGUCCAGACGCUGCGCACGAUGCAUCUGACAUUGGGCGCCUUCAGUCUAGGGUUGGCACUGUUGACGGUCCACCGGAUUAUUUCGGAUGCGAAGAGAGCAGCCGCGCUGAAGGCGCCCUUGAAGAAAGUACGAUUCGCCGCGCUCCGGAACGUUCAUCCCGCAGAGACAUUCCCACUCGUACUGGCUACUGGUGCGGUUAUACAACAAGUUAUAUUUGUAGCAGUGCAGAGCACUUCUCUCAGUAGUGUUUUAUCUAACCAAUGCCGAGGACUGGCCAUGAUCACCCUUCCCGCGAUCUUCCUCUUGGGUAUUAUAACUCUAGUUUUCGGUAUCGAUAUGGCGAUGCGAGCUCUCAAAGCGGAACGAUUCGCGCCAAAGGGAAAAUGGACGACAAUAAUCUGUAUCGGAUUCAUCUGUUUCCUGACGCUGAUGAUGUGGAUGCCCACGGUUGUCUGGCCCAUGUACAACCGAUGCUUUGCGAGCCUGAUCUGGUUCCCGAUGCGUUACGAGCUUCUCAUGAUGGUCGUUCUCGUCAUCCUCAUCGGCAUGUUCCUAAUACUGGCGGCUAUCAUUAGCAUCCAGUUGAUGCGCACUACCAAGGUCGAUCCAAACCAGCGAAUUGCAGCUUCGCGAAUGUGCUAUUACCUGAUCAUGUCCGCUUUACUAUACACACUCGUACUACCUGUCGAAGUGCAAGCUCACCGAAAGGACUUCAACAGCACAUAUGCUACGUCAAGGAUCGCCGAGGUCGCUCUGUUCUGUUCCGGCAUUGUCAUCGCUUUCGUACAUCUGUUCCUUCGUGUCAACGCUACGCGCCUUGUCAUCAAACCUAUGAGCGAGAUGCACGCCAACGCAAAACAGAAACGCCCGAAGCUUCGAUUGUUCGGUCCCAGCGAUCUCGAGAUGAACAUCAGUGGCCCACUGUCGCUGCAAGGCGGCCGUCGCCCGGAAAGCAGACAAGGCCUCAUAGAUGUUGGCCCGGAGAAGAACAGAUUCGACUUCGAGCCAGGCUACUUCGACCGUCCGCAACGCCCGCUUACUCCGGCUUCCGCUCGAUCCCAAGGCCCUAUCGAUCCCACCAAGUGGCCGCUUCCGCCGGACCCCGUGCAGACGGGAUUCUUCGCGGAGCAAAAGGACGGCAGCAAUGGCCUGCAUAGGCGCAACAAGUCUAAUUACUCGCUUUUCCCAACACGGGCUGAAGACGUUCCCCGUUUGCCUGCGACUGUCUACAGCCCAGACAAACUUGCUGCACCUCAGAGCCGAUUCUCUCAGCUCGCGAUGCGCCGGCAAUCACGUAAGGGCUCUAUCAGUGACGCUAAGUCUAUCACCGAUGUGGGAGAAGCUUUCAGCUUCCUCGUGAAGCCGCCACCUCUAUUCUCGGGACGUCACAACCGCAACCAGAGUACCGACAGCAGUGCAACAGUGCAGAUUGGCCUCCGCUUCUCACUUGCACCAGCAAUACUAGGCGCAGCGACCUACGGCCAGGACCCACCACCUGUUCCCCCUCUACGGCGCGACGAGAGCCAGACCAGCGUAGAGACUCUUGGGCUUCCCAUUCAAAACCCUUCGACCAACACUACACCCUCCGAUUUGGAAGGCGAGACCCUACAAGCAGUCGCCUUUCCUUGCCCUCUAAAACCCCAGGGUGCCACCCUCGGCUCACCCGCCAAGCACAGUCCUGGCAAGACUGCUGCUUUCCCCAUUCUCUCUCCCGCCACCUACCUCCAAGAUCAACGCGAGAAGAUCCUCCCUCCAACCCCUCGCUCCGCUAUACCCGGACCACCGCCUGCCCUUCAGCCUCCCGCACCUCUGCGAACUGCCCCCGGUCUCAGCGGCCUGAGGAUGAACCCCAUCUCCCCGUCUUCGACUCUCUCCCCCACAUCGCCCGCCACGCCGAGCAUACACGCGAGCCGCUCGAAUUCGCUGAAAUCGAGCACGAGCCCAUCGCCGACAGCACGCAUUCCCCUCGGCGCGGGAACCAUGGCGCGCAGUCCGCCAGCAAACGGCUGGAUCUGAACGCCCCUCUUCUUUCGCACCAGUGAGUUUCGAUAGACCGGCCGGCUUGAGCCGUUGUACUACUAGUUCGUUUGGGUUUCUUUUCGCGCGCGUCUGGGCAGCACAGGCAGUGCCAGGCGCAGACUUGG